UAGUGAUUUUGUCCCAAAAUGGUCAUAUAGACUACAGUCACAGUCAACAAAGCUUUAUACGGUGAUUGUUAACAUUUUCAACAUUGCCAACGCAUACUUCAUUCUUACAGCUCGUAUACGUUUAUUGCAAAAGUAAUUAAAGCGACGUAAAUAAAAACUAAUCAAAAAAGUGACCGGGUAAAGUACAAAUAUUACAGCUUCAUCAGUGUCAGUUCAACAGACUGAGGAGCACGACUGUUGCGCGUUCACGCGCAAGAAAACGCACGCGCACGCACGCACUCGCUGCGGAUUGAGCUCUUCCCGCUUCGAGCUCGAGCUGCUACGAGUGCCGUUUGGCGGAUGACAGUUUGUUUUUCAGAGCGGGCCCGUCUGACAAGAGCGAAAAUUCACAGGUCUGCCCACCGGGAUUUAUUGUCUUCUCGUCAAGAUGAGACAUCUUGGUCCUAAUUGUACGCAUCUGCCAAGGGAUAUUAAUCCUGGCAACCUAUCUGUGAACAACAGCUCUAGCCCAGCUGAGGGAAAGAGUAAACAAGCAUGAUGCUGCUGGCCUCCCCACCACACCGACUACAGCAAACACACAUUUCCCCCAUGGAGUUUUAACCCCUUUAGGAGUACAGACUGUCUCAGCCCUCCAACACAAUUAAAGGAACACACAGGUAUGUAUGAGCACAGACAGAUCUAACAGCCCCUUCCCUUUGGUUCAAUACCAGAACUGCGCCUGAAAACCGAACAAAGUACUAGAGAGAGAGAAAGAGAAGAGACUGAGGGUCCCAUGUGUCAUUGGGCUGAGGGGCUUUCGCCAUGAGCAGUACUCUGGGCAAAGAUAAAGACUCUAAGGAGAGGGAACCCAAAGCCGAAGGGAAAUCCAAAACCAAAGGGAAAGAUGCCAAAGACGGGAAGAAGGACGCAAGUGGCGCUUCGCCCGCCGUGGCCUUCACUUUGGAUAGCACGAUAAAACGCCCCAACCCGCCGCCCAGCACCCGCAAAAAAUUCAGCAAUGCGGAGGUCAUCAAGGACCUUAACAAGUGCCGCGAGGAGAACUCCAUGCGCCUGGACCUUUCCAAGAGAUCCAUCCAUCAGUUGCCCUCUUCCAUCAAGGAGUUGACCCAGCUGACCGAGCUCUACCUGUACAGCAACAAGCUGCAGAGCCUCCCGCCGGAGGUGGGCUGCCUUUCGGGCCUGGUGACGCUGGCGCUCAGCGAGAACUCUCUCACCAGCCUGCCCGACGCUCUGGACAACCUAAAAAAGUUGCGUAUGCUUGAUCUGCGGCAUAACAAACUGCGGGAGAUUCCAGCCGUGGUCUACCGCGUCACCUCUCUCACCACGCUCUACCUGCGCUUUAAUCGCAUCACCACCGUGGAGAAGGACAUCAAGAACCUGUCCAAACUUACCAUGCUCAGCAUACGAGAGAACAAAAUUAAACAGCUGCCCGCAGAGAUCGGUGAACUAUGUAACCUGAUAACGCUGGAUGUAGCACACAACCAGCUGGAGCACCUUCCUAAAGAGAUUGGCAAUUGCACUCAGAUCACCAACCUUGACUUGCAGCACAAUGAACUUCUUGACCUACCUGAGACUAUAGGUAACCUGUCGAGUAUAAACCGUUUGGGCCUAAGAUACAACCGUCUUUCAGCGAUCCCUCGAUCCUUGGCGAAGUGCCGAGAGCUGGAGGAGCUUAACCUUGAAAACAACAACAUCUCAGUGUUACCAGAGGGUCUUCUCUCCAGCCUGGUCAACCUGACGAGUCUGACGCUGGCAAGAAACUGUUUCCAGUCUUACCCAGUGGGAGGCCCUUCCCAGUUCUCCACUAUCUACUCUCUCAACAUGGAGCACAACCGUAUCAACAAAAUCCCUUUUGGCAUCUUCUCCAGAGCCAAAGUGCUCAGCAAGCUCAAUAUGAAGGACAACCAGCUAACGUCCCUCCCACUGGAUUUUGGGACGUGGACCAGCAUGGUGGAGCUGAACCUGGCAACAAACCAGCUCACCAAGAUUCCAGAGGAUAUCUGCGGCCUUGUGUCUUUAGAGGUUCUUAUAUUGUCCAACAAUCUAUUGAAGAAGUUGCCUCACGGGAUUGGGAAUUUACGGAAACUACGAGAGCUUGACUUGGAGGAGAACAAACUGGAGUCCCUCCCAAAUGAGAUUGCCUACCUUAAGGAUCUACAGAAACUUGUGCUGACCAAUAAUCAGCUGACCACUUUGCCUAGAGGACUCGGUCACCUGACAAACCUAACUUACCUGGGCUUGGGAGAGAACCUACUGCAGCACCUACCUGAGGAGAUCGGUACACUGGAGAACCUUGAGGACCUGUACCUAAACGACAACCCUAACCUGCACAGCCUGCCGUUUGAGUUGGCCCUAUGCAGUAAGCUGUCCAUCAUGAGCAUAGAGAACUGCCCCCUCAGUCACCUCCCACCCCAGAUCGUCGCUGGUGGUCCUUCAUUUAUUAUCCAGUUCCUGAAGAUGCAGGGACCCUACCGAGCUAUGGUCUGAAAUGUUCUGCUUGAGGCUUACACACUGUAGAGGAAAAAACAGAAUCCCUUUUAUGUCGUCUCGAAGACAUCUAGGACAGCAAUCUGCAUAACUGGGUUCCAAAUGGAGGAAUAAUAGCCAGUUAGGCCCCCUUUACCCCAGUCGAGUAGAACACAAUGUCUAGACUUCUGUUGCCAAAAUUAAUGAAUAUAUAUCAGUGAUUCUGAGAAGAGACGCUCUUAAAAUGUUUCAAUCAUUUUGCCAAUUUAUUGAAAGUCAUUAUUGUGGUUCUUGGCACCAGGAAAAACAGUUGUAUGCAAAAACAAAAGUUUUUUCAACUUCAUUUUUGAGAAACAACUUUAUUUUUGCUGCUGCUGCCGCCAUACUGUAUGUUAGUUGUUUAUUUUUUGUAUUUAUGUUUUUGAGAUCUUUUCAUCCCACAACCAAAAGAUUUUUAUUGUACAGAGGACCUGUUCGGAAGCAGAGAACAAAUUUUAGUGUUUAAUUUUUUUAUUAUUAUUAAUAUUAUUAUAGAAAUUGUGCCUAUUCAGUGCAGUUGGGUGGUUUGUGUCUGAACAUAAGUAUCCAAGAGGUUUUUAAUACAAAAAGGUUGAAUUUACAAAAGCAUAAUUUAUUCCGUAAUUCCUUUUUUGUAUUAAUUUUUAAUUACUCAAUCGGUCAAUUUUUUUUAAAUAUUCAUUCCUAUUCAAUGUUGGGAUAGAUAGGCGUGACAUGUUGCUAAGCUUGAAGUUAAUCGGCAGUGAUCAGUAACGUUUUCUUUCAUUAUAGGAACCGGUUCAGAGAAAAUGAAAUAACGUAACCGAGAUCUAGAUUUGUUUUUUAAAUCGACAACAAUCACAUCAAGGGUUUCGCUAAUAAGGUGCAGGUCUAGGUUGUGGGUCUAAGAUUGUUAACUUGUUUGCCAUAUCCACAGUGUUGCGCUCUGCCUGUGUUCUAUCAGUUUGCAUCUACAUAUCAGGUGCUUAACAUUGCUAAAAGGUAAAGGCCCACAUUUACUGUGAGGAAUGCCAAAACACCCAUUCACAUCAAUUUUUUGUUAAUUUUGAAGGAUUUUAGGGUCAGGUUCGCCAGUAAAGGCGUUAUGGGACUGGUCUUAAACGUAACCCCCUGACUCCUGCUCUUUUAACUGUUCAGAACACUGAACCUCGACGUGGUCACAGGAUCCUUAUUUUGUUUCAUACACCGCCCCUCUUAUGCUGCUGCUUUUAAUGCACUUUGUAUUGAUAUUUGGCAUCCACCUCAAGUAAAAGGGUCGCGAAUUUUUACGUUACCGAUUAAACAAAUGGUUGGGGGCAUUCUUAUAAUUUUUAAAGUAUUUUAUCAUUUAUUUUAAUUGUCUAUCGUGUAUAUUGUAUAACAAUGAAUGAAAAAAGGUUGCCUCAGCAAAUUUAAAUGUUAACAUUCUAUUAAGAACUUGGAUUUUUUUUUAGGCUUUAAUGGCAUCUUUAUUAAAUGUUUUGAUUUAAACUUCUGUCUGACUAGUUUGUGUUCCUGUAUAUUUAAAAUUCACACAGGUAUCCUUUGGUUUCAAAUGGUGCAAAUCAUCAAAGUAUUGCUAUCAAAACCCAUAAUGUUUUGAUUAUGACCUUUUUUAUUUCAUCUUUUUUUUAAUAUGGAAAUGUUCCGUUGAAGCCUGAACAUGCAUUUUCUUUUGGUUUAGUAUUAUAUUAUAAGUGACUGUAAAUGACAUUUUUAGUUUAUCAAGCCAAAUGUCUUUUGUUAGGAUUGUGUCCACGCUGUUUAUUUUCAUGUCUCAUUUUCUUUUACUUAUAUUAACAUUGGCAGCAGUGUAAAGACUUGCAGCCACAGAGCGGCUCUCAUGGAGACACUUCACAUUAAUGGGGCCACAUUUGGCACGAAAAAGGACACAAAUUGCUGCUUUAUCAACCAGCAGAACCUGUUGCUGCUUUAUGGACCUCAUAAAAACGUAAUGCUGUAAAAGAACCGACCCGGAUGUGAUGUUUGGACUGGGCUCUCGGACGGUUCUACCAGCACAGACGUUCCACAGACGAAACCCCUCUGGAUGUGUUUGGCCAAUACGGUGCAUUUGGCGCCUGAUGCAGACGCUGAAUAAUAACUACAAAGAUAAAUGGAAAAAAUACAAACGUUGUAAAAAAGGGCUUUCUCCGUUCAUGCUUAACUAUACACCAGAGGCAUUGCAUUCCUGGUUUUGUAUAAAAGCUUAGAACUGUACAUUUUUCUUUUGUGUGCGUGAAUGUGCGUGCGAGGGACUUGUUAGAUGUUAACAAAAUGGAAUUAUUAUUAUGUGAUAAUAAAUGCCUUUGAGUACUUCAA